AUUGAGAAGCAUAAUAAAAUUAUUAUAUUUUCUAACAAUAUUGAAACACUUUUCUCCUUUAUUGCAUUAAUGCAAGUUAUUUGGAAUACGUUAGUUAUUUGCUGUUUAGGAUUCAUUAUCAUAAUUUCUAUUUAUAACGAAACUGGGAUUUUCGUGUUAGUGAAAACUGUUUCUGGUUACUUCGUUAUAAUGAUUGAAGCCUUUGUCAUUUGCUUUGCUGGAGAAUAUCUUAGUUUAAAGGGUAAAUCAAUCGCCAACGCAAUAUAUGAAUCAAUGUGGUACGAUAUGCCGUCAAAUAAAAAUAAAAUUAUAGUAUUUAUAAUAAUGAGGUCUCAAAAACGACUGGCGAUUACGGCAGGAAAAAUGAUGGAUAUGUCAUUAGAAACAUUUACUCGUAUUAUGAAGGCGUCAGCAUCGUAUGUAUCCGUUUUAAAUGCUAUGUAUUGA